GAAGAAGACUAACAAAUAGAAAACAUUGCAAGUGAAGUGACAUAACCUGCCUCAAAUUUUAAGUGUUGCCUAUUUAUUCAAAUUUACUAAAUUCAACCCGUUAUUCAGCUAACAUUACAAAGCCAUUAUGUAGCAUAAUUUACAAAGUUCCUCAUCUUAAUCGUAGUUUUGUUCAGUUAAUGAUGAAAAAUAAUUCAGUUUUCUAUAUAUGAAGGUCACAAUGAAGUUCAUGUAAUUAGUCCUAAAAUGACUUGAUUGCCAGGUAUUUAAUAUGAUAAGUAUUUUGAGCCAUUGUAAAUUUACUGUAGGCUCUCAAAAGAUUUUAAAAAAGCAAUGCUUGAACCACAUACAGUGGAGACCUCAGUUUAAAAUAAGUACCAAAGCCAAAAAUCACUAUGAGGUUCUCAACUUGUCAAAGAAUUGUUCUACAAAAGAGAUCCGUGAAGCUUAUAUCACACUGUCAAAGCAGUACCAUCCUGAUAAGAACAAAGGAAAUCCAAAGGCUCAAGAAGAAUUUGUGAAAGUGAGUGAAGCUUACAAUGUUCUGAUCAAGCCAGAAAGUCGGCUAGAGUAUGAUUUCAGCUUAAAAAGAUUUACAGAGCCAAGUCGUGUCUACAAAACUGGAAAGAAGGAUGACUUUUAUGAAGUUCAUCGAUAUGAUUCAGGUUAUCGAGAUCCGUGGAAAGAUCCUUCAUUUUACCGAAAUAGGAAUUUUUCAGAAGAUAAUAAUGAAGAUAAUUACUAUGGGAUUAAAGGUUUUAAAAGGCAGACCAAUCAACAGCUCCUCUUUUGGAUUUUCAUGUUUGUUGGAAUAGGGGUUAUUCUUCAGAUUUCGAUUCUAAGGUUUGCUAGUACAAGCACACGGUUGACAAGAGAAAAACAAAGUGAGGAAAACCGGAAACACUUAGAAUAUGUAAGAGCAAGAGCUGCGUUCUAUGGCACACGUGAACGUCAAUUAGAAGAAUUCAAUCAACGGCUCAGGGUCGCAGAAGAUGAUGAAUAAUCUGCCAAUGAUCAUAGGGUGAUAAAAAACAGUGGACAUAUAGAAAACUGUAUGCACAACCAACUAGAAUGUAAAUAUUGUUUUAAAUAAAUAUUUUGAAUAAGUU